CAGAUUUGUGUUGCAUUUUUCCCCUGCCCUUGCCAUGGGAUGUUUCAAAGAUCAGCUGCAGAAUGCAGGCCAUAGACCCGGAAGUGCUUUAUCAAGUUUUCCGUCACUCUUACAGCCCUCAUGGGCAGGAGAGGCGGCAGGCAGAGGCUUUCUUGCAACAAGCAGCCUUCCGCCCCGGCUUAUUGCCCGCCUUGCUUCAUGUGACCAAUGCUGCCCAAGAGGUUCCGAUACGCCAGGCCGCUGCGAUUCAGCUGAAGAAUCAGUUGCGGCUGUGGGAUGCAGCAGGUGAUAGCGGGAGCUAUUCAGAGGAGGACAAGGCACCUAUCCGGCGUGAAUUGGUUGAAAGCCUUGCUGCAGCUGUUGGAGAGAAGGGCGUACGUGUGCAACUGGUUGAGUGCUUUCGUCUAGUUGCUCUCUACGACUUUCCAGACCGCUGGCCAGGCAUAGUGCAGAGGCUUUUAGGCGGCCUUUGCUCAGAGCAGCGCGCUCAGACGAUGUGUAGCUUGCUGCUCUUCCGGCAACUUUUCAAACUGUUGGAGACGCGUUCCGCAGAGCGUCGUGGAGAGCUGCAAGCGCUUGCAGCUCAAUGCAUGCCUACUUUGCUACAACUUAGUCCUGUUCUGGCCAAAGCUGCCAGUGCAAAGUCUCAGGAGGCCUUUGAGAUGCUGAAACUGGUGCUGAAGUGUUUUUACUCAGCGACGCGGAUGGCCUUGCCUGAGCAGGUUCAGAAGGAUAUCCAGCAUUGGAUGGAGCUGUUGCUCACUGUUUCUGAGUGGCAGCUCGAGACACCUGCAACAGGUUUGGAGCGCGAGGUUCAAGAGGCCAGUUGCGAGGUAAAGUGUCGAAAGUGGGUCUUUCAGAUCUUGUUGAGAUUCUAUCAGAAACAUUGUCACAUGCGACGCGUGGCAGAAGGUAUGGAAGCUUUUGCAAAGGCUUGGAAUGAUGCCUAUGAGGUGCCUGUGGCUCGCGUUUGCCUCAAAGAGGCCUGUGCUGGGCCACAAGGCACCUGGGCGCCGAAGCGAUCCCUUAGCCUAGCUCUGUUGUGCUUGGCGGAGGCAUGCCGAAGGGAGGCUGCCUUCCAGGCUUUGAAGCCCAAUUUGCAACUGCUCUUGGAGCAUGGCAUUUUCCCGCAGGUCCGCUUUGGAGAGGCAGAGCUGCAGCUCUGGCAGGAGGAUCCGGAGGAGUUGCUAAGAGAGCUGACGAGCGCUUGCGACUCUGACUCCGAGCCCCACCAGGCUGCGAUUGAGCUGGUGGAGCGACUUUUGCUUUACCAUCACAAGGAGAUUCUUUUGCCGCUCCUUCACUUUUGUCGUCAGCAUUUGGAGACAGAGGCCAACGAUCCAGCCGCCUGCUCCAAUCAGGACGGCGCCUUGGUUCUCCUUGGUCUCAUGGUCGAGUAUUUGGUUGAACUGGACCCAACGCAGAUGGAGGAGGUGGAGGCCAGAAGAAAGCGGAAAGGCACUCAGCGAAAGGCACAACAAAGCGUAAGUGUGGAGGAAUUGAUCUCGCGUUACGUGCGACCAGCAAUGACCUCACCAGCUGCCUUCCUGCGCCUUCGUGGUGCUUGGUGCCUUGGAAACUUUGCGCAGAAAGCCCCGAAGCUGGGACGUCCAGGAGUUGCAGCAGGCGCUUGCUGCGACUGCCUGAGGAUGUUGGCAGAUCAGGAGCUGCCCGUUCGAGUCUUAGCUGCUAGCUGCUUGGAGUCCCUGCUGCAGAGAGAGGACGACGAGGUCUCCUCAGCUGUUGGGAUGCAGCUGGCGCCAGCCAUGGAGUCACUACUGCGGACACUGGGAGAAGUGCAGAGUGAGGAAGUGGGGUCCGCAUUGCAAAGGCUGGUGGAAGCCUUCCCAUAUGAGGUUGUACCUUUUGCAGCGCAACUGGUGUCUGGCCUAGCAAGACAGUUUUGCCUUUCUUCUUCCAAAGAUGAAGAAGAUGAUGAUGCGGAUGAAUCAGAGAUGUCUUCUGCUGGCGCCUUGGCCACCAUCAUCAGCGUACUUCAAGCAUGCUCCGGCCUCCAGCGCCCGGAGGAUCCUCGAGAACAGGAAAGGCGUAGCACACUCUUCGCCAACUUGGCAGAACCAUUGAUGCCGGUAGUGGCCAAAACGCUGCGACCGGAUGGUAUUGACUUCCUCGAAGAGGGCUUGUACAUGGUCACCUAUCUCACCGCCUUUUGUGCAUUGCCGAUGCCAGCAAAUCUUUGGGGUCCGUUUCCACGGCUCUUCCAAGCAAUUUGCGGGCGCUCCACCGCAUCGCUUCAGCUUCCUGAACCACUGGAGAAUGGCUGGGCUCCGGAUCACAUGGGCAGCAUCCUGGACCCAUUGCUGAACUACAUUGCCCGCGGUCCGGUGGAUGUCAUUCUCUCUGGCUCAUGGACAGAGGGGAACAUGAGCUACGCAGAGAUGGUUUUCUGCAUGGUCAAAAAGGUACACGAAUGGACGUCUCCAUCCGCUUCCCCUCCGGUGAUUUAUCUUCGUUGGACAAGUGGACAAAGUUCAUCGCUGGAGGUCCUUCAAGUUGGUGGUCUCGGCGCAGAGCAGGAUGCAGCUGCAGCUGUGGAGUUGGGUAGCGCCAUCUUCAUUUAUGCAGCUCCACCAGCUGCUGACAAUUGGCUCGCACCGUACCUUUGCGAGUUUUGGACACGCCUUUCGGGCGAGAUUGGUACCACCGAACUGCGACGAGCCUUGCUCGUGGCCUUUGCCACACUGCUUUGGUACAAUCCGGAGCGCUUCCUUCAGUGCACAGAGGAGACAGGCUUCAGUGCACAGAUCUUUGAGGCUUGGCUGCAGAAGAUUUCCGUGGUACAACGACUCCGACAUCGCAAGGUGACUCUACUGGCUCUCCUGCAGCUGUUUCGCCUUGGAUGUGCGCAGGCAUUGCCCAGCAGCGUUGCUCAAGGACUACCUCACCUUCUCAGAGCAUUGGCCAUGCAGAGCAAGGAGAUUAUCCGUCUUCGGCAAAAGGGAUCCAACAACGAUGAUGAGAGCGAGCAUAGUCAAAGUGAGGAUGAAGACGUGAAAGGUGCUGCAGUAGAGGAGAUCCUCCAAAAGCUGCAGAAGCUUCCAGACAAUGUGGAUGACGACAACUCGGAGGCGGAAAGCGAACUGGAAGGCAUGGAGCCAGAUGGAAAGAUCAUCGACUUUCAGGCACAGAGGCCAUCACGUCUCGAUGGCAUCGAGGAGCUCGCCGUGCUGCGUCAGAUGCUUCGCGAGGCCCUGUUCGACUCAAUGAGUCCAAGAUGAGAAAAAGGUAAGAAACAAGACCAGUUGAAAACACAUGAAGGUGGCAAACAAUACAUUGCAUGAAUAUACAGUACAUAUAUAUAUAUAUUUGUUGUUUCCCUUUGUUUUCUGUUUAUGCUGAUCUUGUGAUGCCCAGAUCAUCCUGUCAUGGCACUGCACAAGCAAAUGUCGGGGAAAGGUCCGGUGAAAAAGCGAAGGCCAUGAAACUACCUAUGCC